AUGAGAACUAUAUUCCUUUGCCAAACGAUUUACAGGUGGAACUGUACAGAAAAGACGUUAAUAAAGCAGGAAAGACCGCAAUUCUAUGAUCUUCUUGGCACUACUGUUCGUGCAGGCAAUCGCGAAGCCGGCUUUGUUAUGGCCUUAUCCAGUGCCGGUAUUGUUUAUUCAAUCACCAAAGGCUGCAGAGCCGGCAACAUUAGCGAAUGUCACUGUGAUAGCCAAGAUCAUAGUGGUCAGCACUUGGAUGAGAACGAAUUUAAUGAAAACAACGGUCUGAACGAGGCAAAAAAAUUGAAGUAUUCAUGGAGCGGAUGUUCGGACAAUAUCAAUUACGCUGUUGAGUUCGCAAAAAGGUUUUUUGACAGCUACGAGCAAAAGCAGUUUCAGGAAACCAAAAAUAUUCGACAUUUGAUUAAUCUGCACAAUUAUCGUGUAGGAAGAGAGGUUGUUUCCCAAAAUAUGCAAAAACGGUGCAGAUGUCAUGGAAUUAGUGGCUCUUGCGAUUUUCAAACCUGUUGGAUGGAAACACCGGAAUUACAACAAAUUGGUUCAAUGCUUAAAGACAGAUAUAAUCGAUUUUCUGUUCAGGUGGCUAAAAAAGUGAAAAAAAAGUUACGAAGAAAGGGACGCACAGAAAUUCGAAAGACACCGCUACGUUUUUAUGAAAUUGCUUAUAUCAAUAAAUCACCAAACUACUGCGAUAGAGACGAUAAAAAAGGUAUACUGUUUUUUGAGGGGUAUUGGUGGUAUACCAUUGUCAAUAAGCAAGAAAAGAAAAAAAAAAUAAUGAUAGAUGUUGAUAGUUUUUGUAGACAAAAGAUUUCAGGUAUUCUUGGAACAACCGGACGGCAGUGUAAUCAGACAAUGUCGUCGCCGAGUAGCUGUACUCUAUUGUGCUGUGGACGUGGCUACAGGUCAAUUGAAGGUGAACGGACGGAGAAUUGUUAUUGUAAAUUUUUCUAUUGCUGUAUGGUAAAAUGUAAAUUAUGCUUAAUUAAGUAUGUUAACCAUAUUUGUAAGUAG